UGUCAAAAAAGUUAAGUUUUCCUCAUUAUUUUAGGGCGAUUACAAUACUUUGUUGAAAUAUUAAUUACCAAUAUAAUGAAUAAUGCACCACAGUUUUCUUUGCGCUGGAACAAUUACGUUACCCAUGUUACGGAGGCUUUCAACGUGUUACGUUUCGAAAAUGAUUUGGUUGAUGUAACCCUGUGUUGUGAUGGUGGUAAAAUUAAGGCUCACAAAAUGUUACUGUCUGCUUGCAGUAAUUAUUUCAAACAGAUUUUUAAAGAAAACCCUUGCCAGCAUCCUGUGAUAAUAUUUAGAAACUUCAAGUACGAAGACCUUAAUGCAAUCAUAAAUUUCAUGUAUCAUGGGGAAGUAAACAUAUUUCAGGAGCAAUUGGAAUCAUUUUUAAUUACAGCUGAGCUUUUAGAAGUCAAGGGUUUAACAGAUAAUGCGGAGGAUGAAUCAUCUAAAGGCCAGUUGCGCAUGAAUGAUACUUCUUUAGACUUAAGUUCGAAGUCUCAUAGAUUUACUGAAGAUAUUGUGCCGGUGCUGUCCGAUGAGCCUAUAAACUUAGCUCCUGUACAGAGCAGUAAAGAUGAGUACAUUCCACAGGCAAACUUGGUUAAAGUGACUCCUGAAACUUCAUCUCAAGAUAAUGAGAAUAUUGAGGUUCAACCUGAAAGUUCAAAAGUGGAUGAAAGCAAGACAAAACCUGCGGCUAGUGAGGAAAUGCAGGUGGAUAAUCAGUCAACUUCAGUGGAAGAUUUGUCUGAGAAGAGUAGUUCAGAAUCGGAGUUGGCUAAGUUUCGCUGCCAGUUGUGUCCAAAAGGCUUCAAGCAUCCUACAUCGUUAACAUUGCACAAGGACUCUCACGCUGGUAAAACACAGUGCCCUGUUUGUCUACGAUCAUUCUCCAGAUCUUAUGAUAUGAGAAGUCAUCUUCAGAGAAUACAUCAAGGGAAGCAAUUAACAAUUAAAGAAAUUAGAUAUAAGAAUUCCAGUGACAAUAUAGGUCCAAAGCAGUUCACUCAUCCCAUUUAGUUGUUAUUUAUUGGUGACUAAAGUUGCCUUGUCAAUUAUUAUGCACAAAGUGCAGAAGAGAAUUAUUGUUGUCACUUUGCAUAUAUUAUUAUAUUGUACAGAAUAUAUAUUGAAGAUUUUAUGAAUAUACUAUGAGAAUUAAUGAAACUAUGUAUACCUAUUUUAUUUACUAAUUUUAAGUCACAAAAAAGUUGCUCAGUGCUUUAGCUUUGGCUAUUUUUGUACUAGUCUACAAAAAAUUGUUUGAUAAUAUAUUGUUUCUAUAAA